AUAAACAGUAUGUCGAUGUACCGGUAAAUUUUCCGUAAACUAAAAAUAAUACUGUUAUUUUUAUUUUUUGGUAUCGUUGUUUUGGAUACAUAAAGAGACAGUCUUGGUGUCCCGCGUAACAAAAUAUUGUCUUUGUAAACACUGGAUUCAAGCCAAAACGCUCUCUAAUAAUUGUAUUAGAUGCUCUAUCAUCCGCAGAAAGGCAAGUUGUUUUGUGGCUAUUGAAAUUCAGAACAGUUAAACAUGAAAGUGAUGAUGAUGCCAAUUAGAAGAAUGUUAGGUUCCUUGAAACCAACCACCUCCAAACAUGGUGUUCCCAAACUAUUUCAUGAACCACAUGUUGAGACUGGAUUUCGCCAUCUUCACCAGCCGUGGAGUUAUUACUUCUUUAGUUUGUUUCAAGUACAUAAUGAGUGUAUGAAUACGUGGACCCAUCUUGUGGCGCUAUGGGCAAUCUUAUACAGGACUUAUAGCUUUCAUCAGGAAUUUGAUUUAAUUGGUGAUCCCUACAUGUGGCCCCUGUGUGCUGGUUUAAUUACCAUGAUUAUUCUUUACAUAUGUAGUAGUUUUGCUCAUUGUUUUUCUAACAAAUCUGAAUUAAUACACUAUACAUGUUUUAUGAUAGAUUAUGCUGGUAUAGGACUGUAUGGUGUCGGCAGUACUCUACUUCACUAUGCGUAUUGUUUACAUGACAAUAUGGUUAAUUCCUGGGCACAUAGAUAUUCUGGUCUGAUUGGAGUCUGCCUUGGGUUACUUGUGACCAUAUGUUGUUCCAUCUCUAAAACACGCUAUUCUCGACCCUAUCCUUACAGCAGGCGAGUUUGGCAGUUAUCUUCCACGUUAGGUAUUUAUAUAUGGUUGAUCUACCCAAUAGCUUACAGAGUAUCGCUGUAUUUAUUCAAUCAUCAGUGGGAUUCUGGUCUGGGCCACCAUAUUCAUCAAAUGUUUUGGUUCUUCCUUGGAGGCUUCUUUUUUGGAUCAGACAUACCACAGAGGUUUUGUCCUGGGAAAUGUGACUUUCUAGGACACAGUCAUCAGUUGUUUCAUAUUUGUAUAUUAAUGACGUCCUACAAACAGCUAGAUGCAGUCUAUGAAGAUAUAAAAAUGUAUUCAUCAUUAAUUCGUGGUAUACCAGUUCCAACAUUUAUGAGUACAUUUGGGGCAGUGUUGAUCACUAUUGUUUUGAACACAGUUACUGUUGUAAUAUUCCGUUCCGUAGCCACUAGAAAAAUUAAAGAUAGUCCGAAGGAUUAAAGAAAUAAGUGAUAAUAGUUUUAUAUAUUUUAAUAUAUUACCAGUAUUAUUAUUUCAGUGAUUAUCCAGGUUGUGUUCAAUAAGAGGGUUUUGGCAAUUUGUAUUAAAUAAGAUGCUGUGUAACCCUCUACCUUCAGGUUGUCGUCAUAAAGACCUAGUGAUCCUAGCCUUCAUUGGUCCAUAGCUUUGACUCCAAAGUAUCAAACCAGGAGGACACACGACUUUGGAGGGUAUUUUAGUAAUUUACACCAACCAGACAAUUGACCAAUUAUUCUUGCUGCACCAUGAAAAUUGUUAUUAUUGGCCCCAAUUAAGAAAUGAUCUACAAAUUUAUAGAGCAUAACAAAAAAAGCCUUAGAAUUGUUUUUAUUUCUAUAAGUUUAUACAAAUCAUUAAAGUAUUUGUUUUUUUUUUGUCAUUUUUUUUAUAUGAUAGUAAAUAUUUUUAUGUAGAUACAUAUAUUUUGUUAAUUAUUGAUAAUAUUAAAUUGUUAUAUUGAUAAGUGAAGCCUUUCCAUUUAACUGUGACCAUUAUUUGAACAUUUAUAAUUUAAAAAUUGUUAUAUUUUUAAAAUAGAUUUUAAAUAGAUCUGAACUUAGGACCAAUCUCCAGUUUUAUGUAUACUGUUGUAGGAUUUUACAGCCUAGCAUUGUUACCAUGGUAAUUGUAAAACCAUAAUUAUUGCUUCUUCCAUCAAUGUUACAAAUCUAUUGCCUCUUGCUAAAUGUGUAAAAUGGUAUUUAAGAUACGUGUAGUUCGUUUGACAGUUAUGUUAAAUACUCAUUAAAUCCACUGCCCAUUACCCAUAUGUGUGAGUGACAUUAUAAAUCAGUAUUUUACCUGUAGCAAAAAUAACUACAUGUAUAUAUGGUAUCAUGUUGCUGUUAAUAGUAGAUGGUAAUAUGGGCUUCCAUAAAUGAGCUUCAUCAUAUUUUAUAUGUAAAUAAUAACUAUAAUCAGUUUGUUGAUCUUGUUGUAUUUUACAAUGCAUAGUAAAUAUUAAGUUUUAAAAUAUAUUUACCACAAUCUAUAUAGAUCUAUAUUUCGUUUCGUUUUUUAUACUUUUGAUGGCCUACACUACAUGUAGAUCUAACAAGUUAUAGUGGGAGUUCACGUUCUAUGACGUCAGGUACCAAGCAAGCGACAUUUGACCCGAUUACGUCAGCCAUUCGAUUAACCAAUUAGCGACCGCCAUGUAUUUUUUUAUCUACUUUUGCUUUGUUUUGAUUUCUAUUGUCGCUAAUGUCUACCCACAGUUCCGCGCAAAAAGGUCAAACGCUCGAUUCGACAGACCAUUUGAUUGGCUGACCCCUCAUUUCAAGCAGAACAUGAGUUAAAUAACAACACUUCCAGAUCCAAGUGUAGUAAAGACAAGUAAAAUCGAAAAUUUGAACUAUAAAAACGAAACGAAAUUGGAUCUGUGUUUUAAUCAGAUUGUAUUUACCAUAGACUUACUAUACAAUGCUAUAUUCUAUACAAACUCUAGUUUUAGCCACUGUAUGAGUCCAUGAUUGCCCUAUAUUAUGUAACAUCACCGAAGCUCACACACAAACUGUUGUCUCUGAUUCAAGGUAAUGCAGUAUUUAAUAUGAGAUUUCGGAGAUGACAUUUUGAGCUUGCUUCAUCAUGACUCUAAGACAGUGAUUCUCAACCUUUUUUUGUCUACGACACAUCUUGGAACACAUGAAAAAAAUAGCAGCACACCUGAAUGAAUAUAUAUGAAAAAUAUUAAUUGAACACAGACUAGUCAUAGACACAUAGAAUGACGCAAACUAAAUAAAGUAAAACACAGCUAUGAACUUGCCAGUAGACACCAGUGUAUACUCCGUCUAGAUCACAUGGUUUUUCAGAUUUUCUUAGUGUGUCGUUCAGAAUUUCGUGGCACACUUAGGAAGAUCUGGUUGAGAAUCACUGAACUUACCAGUAGACACCAGUGAAUACUCAAUUGGGAUCAUGUGGUUUUUCGGAUUUUCUUAGUGUGCCGUUCAAAAUUUCGCAGCACACUUAGGAAGAUCUUGUGGCACACCUGUUGCAGCAUAUUGGUUGAGAAUACUGCUCUAAGACAUCAGUUUGAGGGUGCGUUCUAAGACAUCAGUUUGAGGGUGCGUUUCAAAAGUCUUCUUUUUUGUUAUCAUGAUGAAUAGACUAAAAUUAUGAGGACAGAUCCUGUCUAAACAUUAAUCGUAUAAUAUAAUGUUGGAACCAAUUAUUAAAGAUACUUUCCCAGAAAAGUAUUUAUCGGGUGGUUAUUUGCAAUAAAAAUAUGGCAAUUUUGGUAUGUAUGGAAAGUUGAAAUAUCUAGAAAAAUACUGGAUUCCCUUAAAAACACCCAUGGAAUGCAUACAGGACAAAAAUGUAAGGGUUUCCCUAAUCACCAGCCCGACGAUUAGGAAUGUCUGCUCACGUCACGUCAAAGGUAGCAUGCGAAGAUUGAGAGCUUGAUGUAUAUGUUGAUAAACUUGAUGAAGAGUUAAACAUACAACACUUUAUGAGAUAAAAACCAUGGAAAAGGACGUGGGCAGUAGAAAAUCUGAGAAUUUAAUUAGGCUUCGAUAUUUAUGAUUUAUGGAUAGCGAUUAAAGACAACAUCGUCUUGUGUAUGCAAUGAAUUCUCCUCCGGCUUCGUGCCCGUUGCUAGGUAGUAUGUCAGCUAAUUCAUGUGAUACAAACAUGACUUCUUUUAAUAGAUUUUUUAUAGUAGGGUUAUUUGAAGCAAAAUUUGGAUAGAUUAAUUAGUUUGAAUAUGUUUUUAGUCCAAAUACAUCAUCAAAUCACCCAGUUUGUAUGCGGGAACGUAUUUUUAAGUAGCCCUGUUCAAUAUUGGUAUUGCUUUUUUAUGGUUGAAAACUUGAUCAGGUCUCAAUGGCUUGGCUAUUUUGAAUAGUUCUGGUUUCCAUUUGACACAAAAUAACAUUUAUUACGCACCAUUGGAUCCUGUAAAAUCAUUUAUUGAGCAGCUUUUAGUAUUAUUUUGUAUAAAGCUGUAUUUUAUUCAUACAGAUUACAGACUGAUUCAGAUACAUGGAUUAGAAAAUGCAAAUUUGCUCAUACUCUUAAGGCUCGGUCCUAGUGGCCGAUGGACACAAAACGUAUGCAAAAAGGACACAGUGGACGAGCAAACUUUCGGGGUGGCUCCAUCCGCUCUAGAAAUGGACAAAAUUGACGAAAAUUUGCGAAAACAGAACGGAAAAAAAGAACGUGGGAAGUAUGUAGCGGGGAUGUUAAAUGGAUGUUCAUCGGAAGCCUAGCAGAUGAAAGCGGAUGGAAGUGGAUGACAGCUCCGAAGGGGUUAGGCAAACUCCAGACAUCCUUCAAUAUACCAGAUACAUCCCAGUUACAAACCCUUUGUCCGUUUUGAAAACUUUAUAUACGAGAUUCAUACGCUUACAUCCUUUCUAUUUCUGUGUUACUAACGAUGUAUAGAUGUUCCAUGUACCUUAUCUUUCCUCCUUCCGUUUUCAGCUGGAGCGGAUGUAAGUUGCGAGGAUGCCCAGAGGAUGCAGAGAGGAUACAGUCGACGUUUAACGGAUGAUAACGGACAUGGAACGUUUUGUGCUUGUAUAUGUCGCGCAUUUACAUCGUACACGGCAGAAAGUUCAUCCGUUAUAAAAGUUUUGUGCAGCUCAAAACUUUUUGCGCGGAUGAAAUCAAAGUGAACGGAUACUCGAUGGAUAGUGCGUAUGAAACAUGUAUGCAAUGAGUACACAAUGGAUGCAUGGCGUUUUCAAACGGAGGGCACGUUUUUUUCCCCAUUUUACAUCCUCUUUGCAUUUGUAAGUGCAGUGGGACCGGGCCUUUAAGCUCUUAAACUACACAUUAUAAAUUAGUAAGCUCAAAAUAUUUUACCAUCCAACAUAAUAAAAGUUCUUUUAUAUCAUGUAUCCAUUUACAGACAGCCUAUAGAUAGGUAAAAGAAUGAAAUAUUUAAUGGUAUCAUGAAAUAGCUUCUACUCCCUUCAUUUAUAUUUACAGAUUAGUAAUUAGCUUUUGCAAACUUUGCAAGAUUUUCAAGCUGUUACACCAUAAUUAUGGUACAGUAUAAUGAUUUCUGUAUGAAACAAACAGAAUUAAUCAGGUUCAAACAGUACAAUAAUAAAAAGCCUGGAAUGUAAUUAACCACUUGUUCAAACCUACGAUUGGUUAUUCAAAGCAGAGUUGGGGAAAAUAAAAAAAAACAAAAAAAAUUCUGAAAGAGAAUUGCAAAUGUUCUGAUUUUGAUCAUCAGUGAAAAAAGGCCAUUUGCAAGUAGUCUUUGUUUGAAGUUUUCUUUACUUGUCAUAGAUUUAGAAAAAGCUUGAAUUUAAUGUAAUUAUCCCUUCAACCAGCUUAUAAAUAAUACAAUUUCCACAUGUUUUAUUACAUUGAUUAAUUUACUAAUUAGGCAAGAUAAAUGAGAAGUGCAGUAAGUAGGUUUCAACAUGCAAACGAUCUGAAUAAACUGAAGAUUUUGAUAUUGAACUAUGCCAAUAGCAUUUAUUUAGAUACUGUAGGCCUUUUAAGUUGGAGCCAUGGUUACUCAGUGAGUAAGGCUUUGGCUCACUAACCAGGAGGUCCUGGGUUUGAUCCCGGUGUUGGCCAGCAAAGGAGCAUCCAGUUGUUCGGAUGGUACACAAAACCAAGGUCCAGUGUACUUGUUGGAAUGCACUUAAAAGAAUUGAUAGUUGGAACUUGAUGAAGAGUAGGUGGAAACGCCACUGUCGAAAAAAACUUAGCUCCGUUGGUGCAGACAAGUAGGGUAUUAAACCCCACUUCAUUUCCUUUUAUUUGCUGUUAAUGUUCAGGUCACCCAAAAACUGGAAAUUAUUAUUGCACAGCUCUCAUCCAUUCUAUCCAAAUUACUAGCUAAAGAUAUUGCUGGUAUCAAACUAUAUGCUUUUAUUGCAGUUAUUGUAUAUGUUGACCUAUAUUGUUUUUAUACUCCCUCAUUUUUAUGUGGACGUAUAUUGUCGUUGCCCCUGUCCGUCCAUCCACAAUUUGUUUGUGGACACUACACAGGUCACAAUUUUUAUCCGUUUUUGACGAAACUUGAAAUAUAGGUUUAUAUCCUAAAGAUCUCCGUUCCUUUCGAUAUUGGCAUAUAUCGGACCGUAACUUCAUGGAUUAUGGCUCCUGAUUGUACUAAAAAUCAAGUUUUUAGCUUGCAGACACUCUAGAGGUCACAAUUUUGAUUGAACUAAAAAUGUAUGUAUGUGCCCCACCAUAAAUAAAGCUUGGUUUCUGUCGAACCGUAAUGUCCUGGAUUAUGGCCCCUGAUUGUACGAAAAAUCACGUUUUUAGCUUGUGGACCCAUAAGAGGUCACAAUUUGUAUCCGAUUUUAAAAAACAUUGAAAUGUAUCACCAUUGCACCUUAAUGACAGUUGAGUUCGAAUUUCAUGAAAAUCGGACCGAAAAUGGCUGACAAAAUGGUCGCUCCUUGUACUCAAAUAGUGUACCAAGGUUGUGGACCCUCUAGAAGGCACAAUUUUGAUGAAACUUAAAAUAUAUCUUUAUAUCCCAAAUAUCUCAGUUCCUUUUGCUAUUCAUGCAUUUCAGACCGUAACUUUUGAGAUUAUGGCCCCUGAUUGUACGAAAAAUUGUUUUUUUUUUUCCUUUUCUUUUUUUAGCAUGUUCUCUAUCCAUCUCUUGCAAAAUGUAGGUUUAUCUUGCCCGGCAACUGCUGGUUGCUAUUAUAUUUAGUCAUAAAAUGUGAUAAUUGGCUAUGGAUAAUUGAUUUGACAGCUUUUUAGCCUAUCUUUUUGACAAACCCUAUGGUUCAGUAAGUAAUUGGGCUAUUUUAAAGGCACAAAACCUCUUGUAUUUAGGUCCAUAUAAAGUGUUGAAUUUAAUUGAACCUGUAUGAUAUUUCAAAUAGUAUGUGUGGCUUUAUUGUUGAGACAGACAUUGAGUAAUAUAUUGGUACUGCACAAGGAUGUAAGCCUUAGUGUUGUAUCAAUAUAUUAUGGAAUGCCUUGCUAUGGAGAUAUAGUAGUUAAAUGGUUGAGAGUGUGACAUUAAGUAAUAUAUUGGUACUGCAUGAGGGCGUAAUCCUGAGUGUUGUAUCAAUAUAUUAUGCAAUGCCUUGAUCGAGACAUCUAGUCUUAAAAAAGCUGGUCAUGUCAAAUAGAAAUGAAAUGAAAUGGGGUUUAAUGUCCUACUUUUCUGCACCAACUGGAAUAAUGAAGGCGGGCAUAUGUGAUGCAGUCUGCUCUGCAGGAAAUUUUGCCUGGACAGCGGUUCUAUGGCUUACUCUUAUUCCAGCUGUCAAGAGUUCUUUUACAUGCAUUCCAAUGUGUACACAGGACCUCAGAAUUUUGUCCCAUUCAAAAGACUAAACCAGGUUAUGGUACCUAACUUUGUGGGCUUUGUCUAGGUAAUCCCAAUUAAAAACAAAUAAAAUACACCACAUUUUAGUCUCAAGAUGACUUCAACUCCAUAUCUUUCACUAUUAAGCUAUUUUGUAUCUUUACUCUUGUGUUCAUUGGCUCCAUCGUAAUGCAUUAUGUAAAUGUUGAUCUGAAUUGGCCGUGAGCUAUGUGUACAAUCUAUGUGCAUUAUUCAUAGUCUGAUCUGAUGUGCAACUCUUGUUAUGAGUCCCAUGAGCUCUGUGUAAUGUGAUUUUUUGUACUGGUAAAUGGUUAGUAUUAGUAAACUAAUAAUUCACAAUUUUAUAUCUAUCAGAAUAUAUGUAAACUAGACAGUUCAAUGUACAUUGAAUAAGCAUUUAGCUUCCUGAUUAUGAUUUAUGUAUUAUAAAAUAUUAAAAAGAAAUAACUGUUUUUAUUUUCUAGCAUUAAAUUUUGAUUGUAUAUUGUGUCUCCAUUGGCAUCUACAUUUUGUCAAAAGAGUUCGAUCAUUUUGAACUUAAUGCAUAUUUGGCAUAUCUUGGUGGAGGAAAUAUCCCCAGUUCUGUCAUUUGAUAAUUCAACAAAAUCUAAUAAACUGGGAUGACUUUCCUAUUUUCAUAAAAUUUUGCUGUCUUAUUCAUUAUGGAGAAACAUUUUGAUUUCUACCAGUUAUCAGCAUUUUUGGACAAAUGUUAUGUUGUUUGGCAGUCUUUCUUUAUACAAAUUGUUGUAUUUUUAUUUUUUUUUAUUACUAAUUAUUCUAAUAGCAGGGUUUUAUUUAUGAUUAACUUUUAAUAUGUCAUUUAGAGUGUAUGGUUUUAUUUAUAUUGAUCAGUCAUAAUUAACAGCUGUAUACAAAAUAUUUUGAUUGUAUACUUUUGGUCUUGUGUUUCUUAUAUUAUUAUGUUAAUAAAAUAUUUGUUGGUCUGAAUUAUUCUUCAUUUUGUUUUGUUUCUAUUGUCAGGUAAUGAUAAAAUUAUACAAAUACUAAAUAGGUGUAUUCACAUUUUUAUUUAAAGGAUAUUAUCUUUUAAUGAGAAAGUAUUAUUCCUCACAUGGAGGCCACACCUCCAAAAAACCUUGUUCUAUGGAAUUUUUAGCCCCCAAAUGAUAAAAUUAUACAAAUACUAAAUAGGUGUAUUCCCAUUUUUAUUUAAAGGAUAUUAUCUUUUUUUUGAGAAAGUAUUAUUCCUCACAUGGAGGCCACACCUCCAAAAAACCUUGUUCUAUGGAAUUUUUAGCCCCCAAAUCUGUAAAAUUUGUGACCCACUGGGUAAUAUAGAUACAUCUAAGGUGAUACAAUACAGGUCAAAUAUUUCCUUGGACCCUCAGUAUUCUUUUUUGACAGAAGAUGCAUUGAACGGGGCAUAUUAAAGAGGCAUCAUCUCUUUCAACAUGAAAAUAGAUGUAAAUGUUGUUUCCAAAAUAACCCUAGACGCUUCUAAUUAUCAAAAAUCAAAAAAUGAUUUUGGAACUUCUUAAAAACCACUAUAGACUGUAAUGUGGACAACACCUAAUGAAUCAUAAAAUGCCUAUAUUUGUUUAUCUGUUUUAUAAUCUAUUUAUAACCGAUAUAAAAACAUAUGAAAACAUAAAUUUUUAAUAAACAGAAAAUUCAAGUUUGAAAUAAAGAAAUGAAUCAAAAUUUUAAGUAAUACCCAAUUUGUGCCAACAAAAUCAAUAGAACAAGAUUUUUUGAAACUUAAAAAAAAUAUUAUUUUUAUCUUUCACUUAUAUUACAUGUAUACAUGUAUUGGGAUUGAAUGGUUGCUUCUGGUUUUUGAAAAUUUAUAUUAGGAAAUAUAUUGAACAUGUCUUUCACACUAUAGUAUUUGAAGAAUCUUUUAAUAAAUAAUGAAAUAAAUGUUAUAGAUUUCAAAUUUCUGUUGUUUUUAUUAUUAUAAAGUAUUGAAGAAAAGGCAAAAGUCAUUUUCUAGUACAUACGAAAACCAAGACAUUUCAUAAGCAAUAUGCUGGAUAAUGUUUGAUACCAUGUUCAAUACAGAUUAAUCUAUUACACGUUACCGGUAGUAUUAUAUUUUAUUACACUUUAUUGGUAGUAUUAUAUUUUAGCAUGGGGUAAUUUAAGUUGAUAAAUCUUUAUGACUGUUUAUGUCUCUUCAAGAAUGUAUAAUAAAGCACUUCAAAGUAAUGCUUGUACAUUAUAUUUAUAUGAUUUCCAUUCAUAAAUUAUAAUCAUUUUAUUAUAUACUGAAUAUUGUCGUCUGCAUUAAAAGUUAUAUUCUAAAUUAAAUGUAGACCAUAAAAGUAACAGCUAGAUUCAGACACUAAUUUCCCACUUCUAUAUAAAUUAAAUGCAUUCAAUGUCUCGGUGUUUUUGAUGAUUUAGUAUUGAACUGCAUGUGCUCCUUCUACACCCAUUUCUAUUGUAUUUAUAAAUCUAGCAUUAUUUACUAUUUUAAUAAACGGUUUAGUUUGAGUCACUAGUGGCAACAUUUUAAUGAUCUUUUAUUGGCUAACAAACUAAACUUAAACUAUUGGAGAUUAGUGUUAACAACCAAUUAUAAAUUACACUCAAGUUUCAUUAUG